CACUACACCAACCGCGAUGGAAGCAGGAGGCAUGGGUGACCUUCCUGGACCUCCUUCAGAGGAAAACGUCGCAAUGCUGCCUAAAAAGAGAAACGAGACGCUCCAUAAGAGGCCGGAAGAAGAGCCUGGCUAUCCCGUGUCUCCACCAGAUAUCAGACAAGUGAACACAACGCCACCUCUUCACGAACAGAACAAAGUGGAUGCAUUGCUAGACUGGUCGCUCCCAUCUGAAAUGGCACCUUUACCGCCUGUCCUAUCAAGUGACGAAUUGAAGGUUGCUGACUCUGGCCACAACACGAGUUCCUGUGGCUCAAAGUUUGUCGAGAGGUCCGUUGUUAGGCCUCAGUUCUCUAACAGCAGCGGUAGUAGUGGAAGCGUUGGGAAGAAGCGGAAAUUCAUGGACAGGGUUAAAGGCGAGGUCAAGGUCCUUUCGGGAAAGUUAGGAAAUAAUGAGAGCAAAAUCGUAGAAGGCAAGAGAAUGUUGGGCAAAGCAUGAAUGGUUUGAUUGCUUUUAAUUCUUAAUCUCGAGAAAAGGGGGGUUGUUGUAUGAUAGAGGGAA